AUGAUAACUAAUAAGAAAAUAAAGAUAAGUGUCCCAGAAAAACUCGGUUUGUCAGAAGAAUCUUUUGAGGAAUCCUGGGAAACAGUUAAAUAUGCCAUUGAUCAUAUAUACAGCGAUGACAUGGCCGACCUUUCCUUCGAACAAGUGUACAAGACCAUUUAUACUAUCGUUUUAAAUAAAAAGGGGCCAAUACUUUAUAACAGAUUGAAAGAUUAUUUAAUCCAAAAAUUAGCGCUUUUGAGGGAAACGAUAGUCAAGGACAAUACUCAUGAUUAUGAGUUUCUUGGAACUAUGGCACGGUUAUGGGAGGUGCAAUGCCAUUGUUUUAAAAUAACGGGAGACUUAAUGAUGUAUAUGGACAAAGUUUAUUGCAAACCAAAUAGAUGCAUGGAGGUAUACGACAUGUGCCUCGAUCUUUUCCGAAUCGAAAUAUUGCAAAAAUGCUCAUCUUCUCUCAUCUCAGCACUGAUAUCUGAUAUAGAAAGGAUUCGUAAUUUAGGAUCUGUCGACUCCGAACAUACUAGUUUGUGGAAAGUACUAAUAGGAAUGAUGGAGACAUUACAUGACAAUAGAGAUAGUUUUUUCUUAACCGAUUUUGAGCCGGUUUUGAUUAGCGCGACAGAAGAAUACUACAAUAAAGCUAUUGAUAUUGAAUUAUUAACGCCAAUUGAGAGCCUGGAAAAGAUUAGGAAGUUAAGGCAGUUUGAAAGUAUGCUAGACUCCUCUUUUCUAAAUGUGGAUUCUCAUAAUAAGUUGAAGACUGUAUUAGAAAAUGUCCUUAUAUGGGGAAAGUUGAGUGAUAUUAUUGAAGAUCUAACGCACGAAGCAAUGGUAAUUUCAAAUGGAAAGCUACUCCAAGAAAUUUAUGACUUGUCAAGCGAGGAAAAAUAUCGCGUUACUGUCAUUGAAUCUAUUAAAUCUUACAUCAAUAAAAAUGCCAUAAAUAUUCCUUUUAAUGAAGGUAACCGCAAAAAAGGGCAGAAUGCGAUUACUUGGUCUUCGGAAAUUGUAGAGCUAUAUCGCAGUCAACACUCGUUUUUGGAAAGUAUUGAUUUUGGUUCUGUUCGUCUUAAUAAUUUGACCGGGGAUGUAUCUAAUGCAAUACUUGGCGAUGUUUUCUCAAUGUAUUUCUCUAAAGAAGGAGCAUUACCAUCUGAGUAUCUUUCUACCUACGUGGACCAUUGUAUGAAACGAACCAAGGAAAAAGAUGCUGAAAUAGUGAAGAUCAAGCAAGAUUUGCUUGAUAGUACCAAAUUAAUCGGACUCCUAACUGAGAAGGAUAUAUUUGAAAAGAUUUACAAAAAACAACUCUCCAGAAGAUUACUGCAGCAGAGGUCUUUAGUGGAAAUUGAAAAAUGGAUGGUGCAAAUGAUAAAGAAGGUUCUAGGAACUUUUUUUACCUCAAAAUUGGAGAUAAUGCUGCGAGAUAUAUCUUUAUCCUCUGAAAUGUAUCAAGCAUUCCAACACUCAACAAUCAACAGCAUAGAAUAUUUGAGUUUUGCACCACAAGUUUUGACGAGAACGAGCUGGCCCUUUCAGAGUACUAAUCCAAUUGAUGAAGGUAUUUCACUACCUCCUAGAAUGUCACAAAUUUUAGCUGGCUUUGAGGGCUAUUACAGCUUAAAAUACAAAGAAAGAGUGCUAAAGUGGGCUCAUCAUCUAAGUGUAAUUGAAAUUGGCUGCCAAUUUAAUAGCGGUUACUACGAAAUAAGUUUUUCUGUUUACGCUGGAGUGAUUUUCCUUCUAUUUGAAGAUUAUGAAGAAUUAACGUUGGGGGAAAUAUAUGAACUAACUCAUAUUCCCAUAGAUGACGUUAAGUCUCUUGUAAUGUCAAUGUCGACAAUACCCAGAUGUAAGAUUUUGAAAAAAUCAUCCAGUUCAGGAAAUAUGAAAUUUUCAGUUAAUUAUUUCUUUUCUUCUCCAAACAGGAAAGUGAAAGUGCCGGUUAUUGCAUGCCCUCUACCAUCUCAGAAAUCAGAUAAUUUGGCAACCGCAAGUUCCGUGGACACUUAUGAUAAUGAAAUUGUUAUGGAGCUUAGUGCUAUUAUUGUUCGUAUCAUGAAAACAGAAGGUAAGCUAAGCCAUCAGCAAUUACUUGAAAGAACUACGAAACGGACACAGUCUCGGCUCAGUCUUACACCGAGCAUUUUGAAACGAAGCAUUCAGCUUUUAAUAGAGAAAGAAUACAUCCAGAGAAACGCAGAUGACCCCUCUUAUUACCAUUACCUUUCCUAA